AGGGGUCUGGAUUUACACACACACAGAACCACACAACCGCAGAACCCGGAGCCUCUGGGCACUUUCAGGACUCCAGGGUGCUGGACCCCAGGCCGCCCUCCUGCACCCCUCGGCCUGUCAGCAGGAUCAGCACACUCAGCAGACGACUGGAGGCCCUCGGCUGUUCCCAGUGAGCCCGUGGACACCACUCAAGAUGUCCCCUUUUGGUUGCUGGGGCCUGCCCGCCGCCCUCCUUGCCCUGUUCUGCUGCCCAGAUGCGGCCCAGGGACGGCAGAGGCCCGCAGAGGACAUUGCCUUUUGACUGCCGUCAAAGGGAAACCAAAUCCUCUUCCAGUGGGUCAGGGGACUGUGAAGAAAAAUGCUACCACGCCCUGAGCACUCUGUUUUGGACAACCUGCCGGUGCUUUCCAAGCGCUAGCUCACCACAACCCUGCAGGAAAGGGAUUCCUAGCCCAUUUGACAGACGAAGAAACAGGUUCAGAGAGAGAAAGCACCUGGCCCAGCGUCACACAGCUGCAGAGACAUUUGCUGCCCAGUCUUCUGGUCUUCCAGGGUCUGGUGAGGUGUUCGAGGUACACACGUAUCCAGAGCAGCUGGCGGUGAAGCCCGGAGAGUCUCAGUUCAUCAACUGCAGUACCAGCUGUUCCCGGCCUGAGGCCGGGGGUCUGGAGACCAUCCUAGCCAAGACUCUGCUGAAGUCCGGAGCUCAGUGGAAGGAGUACUUGGUCUCCAACAUCUCGCAAGACACAAUCAUCUACUGCUACUUCACCUGCUUCGGGGAGCAGAGGCUGACGAGUCUCAACGUCAGUGUGUUCUACCCUCCAACGCAAGUGCUGCUGAAGCUGCAGCCCACUUGGGUGGCUGUGGGGAGACCCUUCACCAUCAAGUGCCACGUGCCAGCCGUGAAACCCCUUGAGAGCCUCACUCUCAUGCUGCUCCGCGGCCAGGAGGUGCUGCACAACCAGACGUUUUGGGGGACGACGGAUGGUACCCAGGGAGCCACAGCCACGCACAACAGCACGGCUCACAGGGAAGACGGCCUCCACAACUUCUCCUGCCAGGCCAUCCUGGAUCUGCGGUCUCUCGGCGGGAACAUCAUUCACAGUGUUUCAGAGCCCCAGAUGCUCAAGGUUUACGAGCCGAGGCCAGACAACCAGAUGGUCGUCAUCAUCUCAGUGGUAUCGGUGCUGCUGUUCUUGUUUGUGACAUCCAUCCUCCUGUGCUUUGUCUUGGGCCAGCACUGGCGCCAGAGGCGGAUGGGCACCUAUGGGGUACAAGGUGCUUAAGGGGGCCUAAGUCGGACCUACUGGGCACAGUCUACAUGAGUGGCAUGGCCACCACCACAGCAGCCACUGGAACUCAGUGUGACUCCUCAGGAUUGUGACCCAGCCCUGGCUGUAGGACUGAAAUGAGCAGCAGAGGACUUUGGGGUCAUUUCCUUUUCUAGUCUGAAUAUAAACACCUGGACUUAA